AUGCAGAAGCUCCAGCUAGUCAACCCGACGGCGGUGUCGCUCCCGGCGGUCGUCAUCGUCCUCUUCAUCGUCACCACGCCCUACCGCCGUUCUUUCUUCGACGCCUACGGCGCCGGCGCCUUCGUGUCGAUCCCUUCCGGUUAUCGGCUUCCUCCGGCCGCGAACACCGCUCCCGCCGUCGCCCGGGUGCCGCAGGAGUGCGACAUUUUCCGGGGCGAGUGGGUGCCGGACGACGACGGCGCGCUGCCGUACUACACGAACCUCAGCUGCCCGGUGAUCCAGGAGCACCAGAACUGCAUGAAGUACGGCCGCCCGGACCUCGGGUUCCUCAGGUGGCGCUGGCGGCCGGCGGGGUGCGAGCUUCCCCGGUUCGACGCCGCGGGGUUCCUGGAUGUUAUGAGAGACCGGUCCAUGGCGUUCGUCGGGGACUCGCUGGCCAGGAACCACAUGCAGUCCCUCAUCUGCCUCCUGACCAAGGUGGAGUACCCCAAGGACAUCUCCACGACGCAAAACCAAGAAUUCAGGACGCUGCACUACGCGUCGCACAACUUCACCGUCUCCGUCUUCUGGUCGCCGUUCCUCGUGAAGGCGAACCUGUCCGACGCCGACCACGGCAGCGGCCGGCUGUGGAACCUGUACCUCGACGAGCCGGACGAGGCGUGGCUGCCGUUCGUGUCCAGCUCCGACUACGUGGUCAUCUCGGCGGCCAACUGGUUCACGCGGCCGUCGUUGUUCUACCAGUCCGGCCGCGUCGUCGCCUGCCACUACUGCCUCGUCCCGGGCGUGCCGGACCUCACGCUGCGGCACUCGCUGCGCGUCGCGUUCCGCACGGCGUUGCGUGCGGUCACGAGCCUGCCGGGGUUCAACGGGACGGCCAUCGUGCGGACGGUGUCGCCGACGUCGCACUUCGAGGGCGGGGAGUGGGACAAGGGCGGCGACUGCCGGCGGACGCGGCCGUACGAGGCAAGGGUGGCCGGGCUGGACUUGGACUUCUACACGGCGCAGGUCGAGGAGUUUGAGGCGGCGGAGAAAGCGGCGAGGGGGAGAGGGGUGAGGAUGAUGCUGAUGGACACGACGGCGGCGAUGGUGCUCCGGCCGGACGGGCAUCCGAGCCGGUACGGGCACUGGGCGCACGAAAACGUGACGCUGUACAACGACUGCGUGCACUGGUGUCUGCCCGGCCCCAUCGACGUGUGGAACGAGAUGCUGCUCCAGAUGCUACUCGUAUGAUCCAUGCGUCUACCGUCUGUCCAUGUCGUGGUUGCUCAUUGUUCCGGUUUCUGAUGUAGGCUGUUACAAAAGACUUAGGCUUUAGCGUAGAAAUAGAUGACAAAGCAUUUGCCGUUUGUCACUUUGUUUACUCCAACA